AGAUCAGGGAGAAGCUUGCCUGGAGGAAGUGACUAAGGCUGCUUUGGCCAUGCACUAUGCCCCAUGGGGUGGGCACCCUCAGUGGGAGCCUGGAGACAGUGGAAGAGCUGUGGAGCAUGGAAGAUCGGCCUGCCCUGACCAAGAGGCCAACAGUUCUCUUCCUGAAGCCUGGGAACUUUCAGAUGAUGAUAAAGAAUAUGGUGGGGAAGAAGCAACCGGCAUCCCUAAAGAGCAAGGAAGUGACUAUAUAGGUGGCCAGCCUGCUCCCAUGUCCCUCAGCCUUCUGAGAACCCUGCAAGACCCUCCUGGGGAAGAGGAAACUGAGGAAGGAGGAGUUGCUGAAAAUAAAGUGAUGACAUUCUUCUCUUUACCUCCAUCACACUGGGAGCACUGUCCAGGGAUGGAGGAGGAGGAGGAUGGAGAAACUGUAAAUAAAGUUCCAACAACAUCUACUUGCCCCUCAUCCCCAGGAUCCAAGCCCAGUGCAUGGGUGUGUGCUGCAGGGGAAGAAGAGGCUGGAGCUAAGGAGGAAGAAAGAAAAGAGAGUGAAGAAACCAGGAAGACCUCCAUUACCUCUUUAUCUGCAGGCUCCUGCCCCAGCACCUGUGAGUGUAAUUCAGGGGAGGAGUCUGAGGAAAAGGAUGGAAAGGCUGAGAAAGAAGCCGACUCAGAGCCACACUCCUCAGUUCUAAGCCACAGGCCCCUGCUCAGGACCUGGCAGCAUCAACCCAAUAAGAUCACAGAGGAAGAGGAGGAGGACAACGCUUCAGGGGAAGCUGAGGGUCUGUCAGCCAUCCCCACCACAAGUACCUUCUUGAGGGCCUGGGUGUACUGGCCAGGAGAGGACACAGAGGAGGAAGAUGAAGACAGUGAUUCAGGAGCAUCUGAGGAGGAGGGAGAAGCUGAGGGUCCCUCUUCCAUUCCCCCCACAAGUACCUUCUUGAGGGCCUGGGUGUACCGGCCAGGAGAGGACACAGAGGAGGAAGAUGAAGACAGUGAUUCAGGAGCAUCUGAGGAGGAGGGAGAAGCUGAGGGUCCCUCUUCCAUUCCCCCCACAAGUACCUUCUUGAGGGCCUGGGUGUACCGGCCAGGAGAGGACACAGAGGAGGAAGAUGAAGACAGUGAUUCAGGAGCAUCUGAGGAGGAGGGAGAAGCUGAGGGUCUGUCGGCCAUUCCCCCCACAAGUACCUUCUUGAGGGCCUGGGUGUACCAGCCAGGAGGAGACACAGAGGAGGAGUAUGAGGAGAAUAAGGAUGAGAAAGAUGAUUCCGAGACAGCUGGCUCGGACCCAAGUUCUUCCCUUCAGGCCCAGAGUGCCCUCCUCAGGAACUGGACAUACCCACCUGGAAAGGAGACAGAGGGAGUGGAAGCUGCUGAGGGAUGGGGAGAAGCUGAGCCCUUCCGAGUGGCCAUCUAUCUACCAGGAGAGAAGCCACUACCUCCCUGGCCUCUUCCUCGGCUGCCCCUCCGACUGCAAAGGCGGCUCAAGUCUGUAGGAACCCCCACCCAGCAUCCGGACCCCGAGACUCCCCAAAAGGCCAGAAAGGUGCACUUCUCUGAGAAGGUCUCCAUCCAUUUCCUGAUUGUCUGGGCUGGACCAGCCCAGGCUGCCCGAAGGAGCCCCUGGGAGCAGUUUGCCCGGGAUCGAAGCCGCUUUGCCCGCCGAAUUGCCCAGUCUGAGGAGAAACUGGGCCCCUGCCUCACCCCUGCAGCUCGGGCCAGGGCCUGGGCACGCCUCGGGAACCCUCCCUCUUCUCUGGCUGCCAUACCUGCCACGACCCAGACCUUGCCCACAUCCUGUGUCCAGGCCACACUCUUGAGCCAUACUGUGGCCUCUCCCUCCCCUCUUUAGGUGUCCGUGUCUCCUGCCUUAGACCUCAGUGGGAGGUGUGGCUAGGAUCCUGUGGUUUUUGUGUUAUUCACUAUUUAUUUUUUUACCAGUUGGUUUAAGAAAUAAAGUCUUUUGGUUUGUA